AUGAGCGAGGCGCCGCGCACCGAGGGGUUUGUGCCGCAUGCCUUUGCGCCUCAGGCCGAGUUCUUAGACAAUACCGAGACGAAUCGUGCGCGCCCCCUGACUGAUGCGGUAAUCACUGUGCGCGUCAUCAAAAACUUUGAGUACCGCACGAUGAAGGCGCUCGUGCUCCACGUCGACCUCACGACGAUGACCAUGGCGCAGCUGCGUGAAAAGUGCAUCGAGUGUGUCAGGACGCAGCCUGCGUUCAAGGCGUACCGCAACGUGGCGGACAAGCUCGACACGCUGAAGCUGUACACGCGCGCGCACGGCGCCAAGACGACGAACCUCAUCAUCAACCUCGACCACCCCGAGUGGAUCUACGACUGCUCGCCGAACGGCCCGCCGCUUGCGGAGCUCGGUAUUGAAAAUGAGACGGAGCUCUCACUCUUUGAGCGCGAGGCGUACGAUGCGUUUUUGGCGGAUCCGCAGACCCGCUGGGAUGCUUCUGGGUAG